AUGGCAGAAGAUAGUGCGCGAGGUGGUGGGCUAUCUUCUGGUUUGGCUGUGAUAUUGAAUGGUGAGGAGGAGAAGGAGAAUCCGUCAAAAAGUCGACUUGUUUCUUGUUUUGAUGAUUUCGGUGAUCAGACUGUGGAACGAGCUCUUGAGUAUAUCUUCGGUCUCCCUCACAGAUCGCUUGGUACGAUUACUGGCCCUGCAGACAAGGAGCUAGUUUGUGCUUUGAUAAAGAAUGAGAUGGCUACACUGAAUCCAAAUCCUUCUAGUUCGACCAGUGAAAGGGAAGGGAUUUGUAUUGAAAAUGGGUGUGGAUCUCAUGUUGUUGGGCUUGAAGAAUUGAGCAUUUGUGGUGACAUUAGAAUCAUUAAACCGCCACUGCUUAUUGAGAGCUUAGCAAUGUUCAGUAGUAUGAGGGCUAAUGUGAGAGUUUGGAAAGGGAAAUGGAUGUAUGAGGUCGUUCUGGAAACUUCUGGGGUUCAGCAGCUUGGAUGGGCAACUCGAUCUUGUCCUUUCACUGACCAUAAAGGUGUAGGUGAUGCAGAUGAUUCGUAUGCUUUUGAUGGGAAAAGGGUUAGUAAGUGGAACAAAGAUGCUGAGCCAUACGGUCAGGCUUGGGUUGUUGGUGAUGUUAUUGGAUGUUGCAUUGACAUGGACCUUGAUGAGAUCCUAUUUUACAGAAAUGGUGCGUGUCUUGGUGUGGCAUUUCGUGGUAUCCGUAAAAUGGGACCUGGAUUCGGGUACCAUCCAGCAAUAUCUCUUUCUCAGGGUGAGCGUUGUGAAUUGAAUUUUGGGGCACGGCCAUUUAAGUACCCUAUUCAGGGGUUUCUUGCUCUCCAAGCCCCUCCGUCUGCCAAUAUUCUUGCGACACAAUUGCUUAGCUGCUUAUCAAGGCUGUUGGAUAUGCAAUCCAGGGAGUGUUCCAAUAGUUUUCUGACUGCCAAAUUCAGGAGAUUGAAGAGGUUUGUCUCACUUGAGGAGUUGUAUUAUCCUGUUUCUCGUGGAAUAUGUGAGGUAAUGUUCACUGUACUUGAGGCCGAAGCAGGUAGCAUGGAGUAUAUAGCUUGGGGUUCUUUUCUUACAUUCCUGUUAGAGGUCUUCAGAAUGCAGGCACCACAUGAAUAUUUGAGUUUGGACAAAAUUGCUGAUGUGUUUCUAGAAUAUCAGGAGUCACAGAUGGUGUUCCAGCACCUUGUUAAUGCACUUUCAAGUGCCUGCAAGACAGCCCCAUUGGUAUUGACUGACUGCCCCUACUCAGGAUCCUAUCCUUAUCUUUCCCUGGCAUGCCAUAUUUUGAGGCGGCGAGAAUUGAUGGUACUCUGGUGGAAAUCAUCCGAUUUUGAGUUCUUAUUCGAAGGUUUUCUAUCACAAAAAAAUCUGAACAAGCAGGAUCUGCAGUGUAUGAUGCCUUCUGUAUGGUGGCCUGGUUCAUACGAGGAUGCUGCUUAUGAAGGUAGCAUGAUGUUGACAACAACAGCAUUAUCUGAAGCAAUCAGUAAGAUUGAAGAGAAGCAUAGGGAGCUUUGUCUCUUGGUUAUUCAGUUUCUGCCACCGUCACUGCCUCCUCAGUUUCCUGGCUCAGUGUUUAGGACGUUUCUGCAGAAUCUUCUGUUGAAGAACAGGGGAGCAGACCGUAAUGUGCCACCUCCAGGAGUCUCAAGCAACUCUGUGCUUGUUUCUUUAUAUACUGUCAUUCUUCAUUUGUUAUCUGAGGGGUUUGCCAUGAGGGAUGUAGGUGGAAAAAAUGGGCAUAAUAUUGGAUUUUUGCAUAGAGGGGGAGACCAGAGUUUUCCGGUAGAACUCUUUCUGAAGAAUGAUUCUCAUCGAACUGACAUCUCCAGGCUUGGAGGAUCUUUUAGUCAUUUGUCGAAAUCUCAUCCCAUAAGUGAUCAAGAAGACGAAGUCAUUCGGUGGGAGGAAGGCUGUGCGGAUGAUGAAGAAACCAGAGUAACACAUAAUACCAUUCAGAAACCCUGUUGUUGUUCAUGUUAUGAUUUUGAGUUUUCAAGGACUUCUAAGAAUUCGCUUAGAUAUGCGCCUCGAGGUUCUCGUGUCCAUUGUAGCCCAAUGGGGGAGAGGUCUGCUCAUGUUGCUGCAGAAUGCAGUACUGGAAGUUUGAAUGAUGAGAUAGUGGACAAACCUAGUACAAGUGAUCAAUCUGAAGCAGACUUUGAUUAUCGCCCAUUGCGGAAUUUAAGGAUAGUACCAAGAGAAUUUAACAUGUCUUGUGCUACCCUCAGAGAAGAGGAGCUUCUGGAUACUUUACUUUUGUUGUAUCAUAUAGGCGUUGCCCCAAAUUUUAAGCAGGCAUCAUAUUACAUGUCUCAUCAGUCACAAUCUGUAGCCCUCCUUGAAGAAACUGACAAACAAAUAAGGGAACGACCUUGCAGUGAACAACUAAGGCGCUUGAAGGAAGUUCGUAAUGAUUAUCGAGAAGAAGUAAUUGAUUGUGUCAGACAUUGUACAUGGUAUCGGAUAACUCUUUUCUCCCGAUGGAAGCAGAGAGGGAUGUAUGCAACAUGUAUGUGGAUAGCCCAACUACUUCUGGUUCUGAGCAAAGUGGAUUCCUUGUUUCUCUAUGCCCCAGAAUAUUAUCUUGAGACAAUGGUGGAUUGCUUUCAUGUGCUGCGGAAGAGUGAUCCUCCAUUUGUUCCUUCAGCAAUAUUUAUCAAGCAAGGGCUUGCUCCAUUUGUCACUUUUGUGGUUAGCCACUUCAACGACCCGAGAAUACUGAGUGCAGAUCUCAGGGAUCUUCUUCUGCAGUCGAUAUCAGUGCUUGUACAGUACAAGGAACAUGUGGCAACUUUUGAGACCAAUAGGGCAGCCACUCAGAUACUGCCAAGAUCAUUGUUGUCUGCUUUCGAUAACAGAUCUUGGAUACCAGUGACCAACAUUCUUUUGCGAUUGUGCAAGGGCUCUUCGUUUGGAUCUUCGAAGCAUGGAGAAUCAUCAUCGUCAUCAUCAGUGGUCUUCCAGAUGUUGCUGAGGGAAACUUGCGUAGGUGAUGAGGAGUUAUUCUCGGGUUUCCUUAAUCGACUUUUUAAUACUCUAAGCUGGACGAUGACUGAGUUCUCUGUUUCUGUUCGGGAAAUGCAAGAAAAGUACCAGGUGCUGGAGUUCCAGCAAAGGAAAUGCUGCGUUAUAUUUGACCUCUCAUGCAACCUGGCAAAGCUUUUGGAGUUCUGUACCCGUGAGAUUCCUCAGGCAUUUUUAUCUGGGGCCGAUACAAACCUCCGAAGACUGACCGAACUGAUCGUAUUUAUACUCAACCACAUAACUUCAGCUGCUGAUGCUGAAUUUUUUGACUUGUCACUUCGACGUUAUGGUCAGACCAUGGAGAAAGUGAAUCGAGGUAUGAUAUUAGCGCCUCUUGUAGAGAUCAUAUUCAAUCUGUUGGAUGCGAGUAUUGGGAAGGAAGGUGAGGAUCAGAAUGAUGUUGUCGGAGUUUUUGCAAGCAUGGACUGCCCUGACACAGUGCACUGUGGGUUCCAAUACCUAUUAGAGUACAACUGGGCAACCUGUGGUCGCGGGGACUCUUACAUAGGAAAGCUGUGCCAGCUCGAGACCUUCUUGAGCCUUCUCAUAACCCGUAUUGAGUCGGAUCAAGUCCAGACGACAAGAAGCAGGGGAGAAGCAAAAAACGACGAUGCCAUCUGCUGCAUUUGUUACACCAGUGAAGCGGACGCAGAGUUUGCUCCUUGCUGGCAUCGCUCUUGCUAUGGCUGCAUAACCAGACAUCUACUCAACUGCCACAGAUGCUUCUUCUGCAAUGCCACGGUGCUGGAGGUGGUCAAGGUUGGCGAAAAGAGCAUCUGA